UGCUCUGAAAAAUGAAACUAACAAAAAAAAAAAAAAAAAAAAGAAACAGUUGUAAUUGUCGAGGCCUGCAGGACUUUAGUUGUGGGCUAAAAGCAGGGUUUUUUUUUGUUCAGAUUGCAUGAAACCGCAGUGAUUCUGGAUCUUGGGUGUCAGUUUUGCAGGCCCUAUGGGAACAGGCUGAUGCAAAAUAACAAAAUCCUUCUGUCCUGAAUGCCGACAAAACUUCAUGCAAAAAAUACACAGUGGACUGAGCCCUACUCAAAAACCUAGACACUGAAGCUGGAGCACACAAGGCAGGAAACAGACUGCAAGGAGAAAGAAGAGAUGCAAAACCUGUAUACUAUAAAAGGGAUAACGGACCAGGGCUGUGGAGAGCACAGACGGAGACUGAAGUUGUUCUGCCAGGAUGAUGAGACAUUUAUCUGUGUCCUUUGUGUUUCCAGACAUUCCAACCACCGUCUUGUGUUCCUGCAUGAGGCAGUCAGUGUGUAUAAGGACAAGCUGAAAACAUUCUUAACACGUAUAGACUCUAAAGUGAAAAACCUGAAAUAUUUGUGGAACAAAGAAGAGAAGGAAAUCCCAGACAAAAAAGAAGACGGUUUUACGUUGGAACUGUACAUUAAACAAAAAUUUGAAAUACUAUUCAAGUUUCUCAAAGACAAGGAGCAAAAACUCAACCAACAACUUAAAAAUGAUGAAUCAAACAGUCUGAAAGAAACAGAAGAAAAUCAUGCAUUCAUUAAACAUGAUAUUAUUGUCUCCCAUGAGGGAAUGUUUGAUUCUAACCUGGAGCUCAAGAAUAAAACAAAAGAAAAUUGGGAAGAAAAAUGUGAGUGUAAUGAAAAGAAUGUCACCAUUCAGGAGACAUCCGACGCACACGUGGAAUUCAGAAAACAGAAAACUCUUGGUCAGCUAACAGAAGAUGCCUGUACUUUGGAACAUUACAUUAAGCAAGAAUUUGUAAAACUGCAUCAGUUUCUGCAAGACAAAGAGCAGAAACUCCUACAACAGCUUAAGGAUGACAAAGCAAGUUUUCUGAAAGAAAUGGGGGAAAGCAGUAUACCCUCCCUUGUGGCACUGGCUGAUAGUAAGUUGGAGCUGAAGAGUAAAGUGAUAGAAAAAGAGACUCUGAAGGAGAUGGAAAUGAAAUCUGAAUCCACAGAAAAUGCUAUUGUAGCCACUUGGAAGACAUUUCACAGUAACUUGGAGCUGAGACAACAAGGACCUGUUGGCUUGUUAACAAUACCAGACACUUUUGAGGAUGUUGCCGUCACUUUCUCAAAAGAUGAGUGGAAGUUGUUAAGAAAAGAAGAUAAGGAACUUCACAGGGAGGUGAUGGUACAGAACUUUGAAACUAUGACUUCAUUAGGAUACAAAAUCCUUCCAGAGACAUUAUUACUACUAUUAAAAGAUGAUGAUGACCUGCAAAAAGGUGACCUGGAGAGGAAGCAUACCACAGAACACAAGGAUAACAUUAAAGAUAACUUACAGAGUAUCAUAAGCACAGAGUGCAGUGCAAGUUGCAGUCAGCAACCAUCACUUGGGACACCUCGCUUACAUCACCAGAUGGAGAAUGUGCUACAUGUUCAGUCUGUGAAGGACUCCCAUGAGCUUCACCUUGCUCCUGUACCACAGCUCCAUUCAGGAAGUAACAGCAGUACUGAAAGUGGCAAUCGAGCACCCCAGUUGCAUCACCCAAGACAGAAGCUGCAACAGCAUGCUGAACCUGUGAAGGCUGACAGUAAGCUUAAUAUCAAUCCUGUACCACAGCUUCACUCUGAACACAACUUUUGCAAGAGCACUGAAAGCGGCAAAAGUCGGAGAGCUUACACAGGAGAGAAACCAUAUAAAUGUGCUGAAUGCAGUAAAUGUUUCAAACAAAAGAAGCAUCUAACAUACCAUCAGAAAACUCACAUUGAGACUAAACCAUAUAAGUGUACUGAAUGUGGUAAGUGCUUCACAUAUCACAGCAGUCUUCGACGGCAUCUUGUAAUUCACACCGGCGAAAAGCCGCAUAAGUGUACUGAAUGCCAUAAGUGUUUCACAUCUCUCAGUAAUCUUCGGCGUCACCAUGUAAUUCACACAGGCGAGAAACCAUAUAAAUGUAUUGAAUGUGGUAAAUGCUUCUCAUCUCCUCGUAACCUUCAACAGCAUCUUGCUGUCCAUGCAGGCGAAAAAGCAUAUAAAUGUACUGAAUGUAGUAAGUGCUUCACACAUCUCAGGAGCCUUCAGCAGCAUCGCGCUAUUCAUACAGAAGAGAAGCCAUAUAAAUGUCCUGAAUGCAGUAAAUGCUUUGCGUGUCCCAGCAAUCUUCGCCACCAUCGUGUAAUUCAUACAGGACAAAAACCAUAUGAAUGUGGUGAAUGUGGUAAAUGUUUCACACAAAAGUCAUACCUAAAAUACCACCAGAGCUCCCACACAGGAAAUAAACCAUAUAAAUGUACUGAAUGCAGUAAGUGUUUCUCAUUUCUCAGUAGUCUUAAAAAUCAUAGUGCUGUUCAUACGGGCGAGAAGCCAUAUAAAUGUGAUGAAUGUGGUAAGUGCUUUACGCAGAAGGGACACUUGAUGCACCAUCAGUACUCACACACAGGUAAUAAACCGUAUAAAUGUGUUAAAUGCAAUAAGAGCUUUGUAUUUUUCAGUAACCUUCGGCAGCAUCUUGCCAUUCAUACAGGAGAGAAACCGUAUAAAUGUGCUGAAUGCAGUAAAUGUUUUACACGCCUUGGUAAUCUUCGACAGCAUCAGACCCUUCACACUCGAGACAAACAGAUCAAAGUAUAUGUUGUACCAUUUCUAACAACAAAUUAAAAAUCUCAGCUCAAGAAAAAAAAAAUAGAUGUAUGCAGAUAAAUAUAUAACAAUACAAAAGAAGGUUAGUGUUGACACCCAAAACAUUUUAUGUGAAAAUGGCAAAAAAAAAACACUAGCAACACCACCUAAAAAGAAGAAAUUACUAAAUUACUGAAGAAUGUCAACAAACAGUCUAUUGAUAAAUAAAACAGGUAAAAAUAUAAGAAAUUGUAAGAGAGGAUUGGAAGUGAAAUUAAGUAAGUGUUGGCGAGACUGUUACAAAAUUAAGAAGCCCUCCUAAUUGGAAAUAUCAGGUCCAGGUACUUUAUGUACCAUCUGGAUAAAGGUACUAACAUUUUGGCUGCAUGCUUUAACAUUGAGAAAAAUUAUCUUUCUGCAUUUUCUGAAGUGACACUAGACUGGUAAAACAAUGGGAGAAACUUUAGUUCUUAAAAGUGAACCUGUAAGCAAUCCUAAGAAUUAUCAACUGAUAACUUAAGGUAUGUGCACAAACCAAUGCAGAUGGUACAGUUGUUUACAUAAAAUGUUAAUCGUGGCACAGGAGUAGAAAGGUAAUAAAAGGAAAUCAGAUGGGACCAAUGAUAAGUCCAACCUAAAUAGAGUUAUAAGAAAAAACACUGAAAAGGACUUGUAUCCACAUGGAAUCAAAGAUAGCUAAAUACAGUUAUAAGAAAGUCUGCUAAAAAGGUCUGGAACCCAGGUGUGGCAUGGAUUGUUUAGAGAAUAAAAAGAAUUUGGCAGAGUUCCACAUUACUGGCUUGUAGUAUAAUUAUAGAUGUGUAAGAUAAAACACGCAUUUAUAAAUUAAAUUACAGUUACUAUGAAAAAAGUGGUAAAACAUUUAAGAGUUGAGUAAUGGAUAAGGGUAAAGUAUUAUCACAAGUGUAAGAACCCAUUGAGGGAUAUACCAUGGUGAUAAUUCAUCAAAACUGCUGUUUUGCCUUGUUCUCAACCCAUUAAGUUACUCAUCAGAAUAGACUGUGAAUCAGCUUAACUUCUGGAAACUGAUCUUAGCAAAUGACAUCUUACUUACUUUUUGUGAAUAGCCUAAUCCUCUGUCAUCCUACACCAAUAGUAAAGUGGAAGCAAGAAAAACAGAAGUAGUCAAAGGAAAAAGAACAAAAAUAACAUUAAUCGUUGAAAUAGUUACACCUAGAAAUUAUAGUUUCCUACAUAAUGGCAUUUACAAAGUCACAGAAUAUCAGGAUAUGCAAGCAGAAACUAGUACAAUGUGGAAUAAAGACACAGUACAUUGGUAGUAGGAGCAACGUGGCUAAAUAUGGCUAAUGGUAUUUUCAGGCUUAUAUAAAUAUGCUGUUAAUACUUACAAGUAUGAAGGAUCUGCAAAAGGAGGCAAUUUUGGGUGCUUGGCAAACAUAAAAGACUGAAACAAUACAAUUUUUCAUGAACUUUAAUCAUAGCCUAAUUCAGAAAUGGGGUCCAUUCCUGUCAUAUUAGAAACCGUAAACAUUUGGAGAAAUUAAAACGUGAGAGAGAAAAUGCUUCAUGUUUAUUAAAUGGUAUAUACAAAA